AUGUCUAGAAUUAAGAUCUCGGAAUCUCCUGCCCCUCGUUUUGCUGACGAUUUGUACGAAGCAUCUCCUGGGCCAAUGUAUCCACGAAGGACUUCCGAUAACACUGCUUUAUCUCCUUCUCCAGCCGCUUCUAUUUCAUCCGAUAAAGAGAACCACUCUUCAAGAAAUGCAAUCGACAAGGGGAAAGGUCGCGCCGUAAGUGUUUCCAUGGGUCCACCAAGAGCACCAUCACCCAUCAGUAAGAGAAAGCGCACUGGGACCACCGGCGAGGGAGACCAUUCAAUGCAACGCAACCAAAGAAGGCGCACAAUCGAAGCGGUUGAAGAUGACGACGAGGGGGAACAGGAGUAUGAUCCAGAUCAAAGUGUCGAAGAGAGAAGAAAGCUUCGGUCCGACUUGAGGGGUCUUUCAAGAACUCUGCAAGAUAAUCGUGCCGAGUAUCUUAAUGCAGAAUCAACGGGCAUCAAGGAUACAUUGCUUAAAGCAAAUAAGCUAUCAGAGAAAGUCAAACAAACCUCGGAUGCAACAAUCGAUUCACGAUUGCUUGUUAGUACUGCAGAUCUCGCCAAGAAGAAGACGCUGCGAAUGACAUCUGGUGACACCGCACAAGGAGUUGACGUGGAUGACUUUGUUUCUAAGAUCAAGUUAUACAUGGGAAGGGGCGAACGUUCGCAGGACCAUGCACCACGUAGUACUCAGCGGAGUCACCGGAAUGGUGCCAUAGUUGAAGAUGACAGCGAUAACGACAAUGAUGGAGAAAUGCUCAACUGGCAACAUCUCGGGCGCAAUGCAUGUUUACCGAACAAUGCUCGCCCAUCAGUGCCCGGUUUUCUCCUUGGCCCCCUGUCUUUACAAAAGCGCGCCCGCAGGGCUAUUGUUCGAAGAGCUCCUCUCAGACUGAACAAUCUUCACGAAAUACAACCCGAGGUUUUGAGAGCAGAUGAUAUAGAGAAAUCAGAGAAUGCAAAUCUGACUUAUUUAUGCACAAAAAUUCAAGACAGAUUGAAGGAAGUUCAGGCCAAGGCCUUCAAUGCUGUUGAGCUGGAGGCUACAGAAGACAUGUCUGAAGAAGAUGGUGUUGCGCUGAGGGAAAAGUAUGGUGUAUCGGAGAAUUGUAGCAUUGCAUAUUUCAAAUUUGUCAUCAAUCCAUUUUCCUUCGGCCAAACGAUUGAGAACAUGUUUUAUGUGAGCUUCUUGGUUCGAGACGGUAAAGUAGAAGUUGAAAUAGACUCGGAUGGUCUCCCAUACAUAGGCGUCAGGGAUCCAAAAGAAAAUGGAAAUUCUUCCCAUACAGCAAGACAUCAAGCAGUCCUAUCCCUCGAUAUGCAAGAUUGGCAAGAAAUGAUCAACCUCUUCGAUAUCAAAGAACCCAUGAUCGAUCACAGAGAAGAACAAGACAAUAGCAAUAUUGGCGCUAAGGGAUGGUAUGCUUAA